AUGAAGAACGUCAAGCAGCUCUCCGUCAACGCCCCGGCUCCCACCGAGUCCCUCAACACCGCCAACGUCAGCAACGGCACCAAGGGCUCCUCCCACGAGGAGUACGCCAACAUCAUCAUCAGCCCCUCGGGCAACAACAUCGAGGUCCCCGCCUCCCGGAGCGCCGUCAGCGAUGCCGAGAAGCUCAUGCACAACCUCAGCGGGUCCCCCUCCAUGAAGCACCGCCGCGCCUCGCGGAAUUCCUUCGGGGCCUCCCUCCCCAUCCCCGCUCCCCGCGCUUCUCCAACCGGCGCGUAUCCAAGAUCUCUCAAGGAAAAGGUGGCCGCGGCCAAGAACAUGGCCUUCGCCUUUGACAUUGACGGCGUCCUGCUGCACGGCAACAACCUGAUCCCCGAGACCUCUCGCGUCAUGGAGCUCCUCAACGGAGACAACGAGCUCGGCAUCAAGAUCCCUUACAUCCUCCUCACCAACGGCGGUGUCCCACACCCCAUGCAGGCUCUCUCGGAAUACUACGAGACCGUCCUCGUGGUCGGUGGCGAGGGUUACACGGCCCGCUUCGCCGCCGAGGCCUACGGCUUCAGGAACGUCGUCGUCCCCAAGGACAUUGUCGCCUGGGACCCUUCCAUCUCGCCCUGGAGGCACUUCACCGAGGAGGAGCGCAAGGAGGCCCGGCCCCAAGACUUUGACCGUGUCAACUUCGACGCCGUCCUCGUCUUCGCCGACUCCCGCGACUACGCCACCGACAUGCAAAUCAUCAUGGAUCUCCUCACCAGCGUCGACGGUCGCCUGGGUACCCGCUCCAAGGACCCCAUCAAGACCCAGCUCCCCAUCUACUUCUCCCACGGCGACCUCAUCAUGCCCACGGAGCACAAGCUCGGGCCCCGCCUCACCCAGGGCGCCUUCCGUAUCGCCCUCGAGGCCCAGUGGAAGGCCAUCACCGGCGGCGAGCUCGAGCGCGUCGUGUACGGCAAGCCCGAGCUGGCCACGUAUAAGUACGCCGACGAGGUCAUGAGGUCGUGGAUGAAGGAGAUCCACAACGAGCACACCAUCCCCGAGAACAUCUACAUGAUCGGCGACAACCCCCAGUCCGACAUCAUUGGCGGAAACAUGUACGGCUGGAACACGUGCCUCGUCCGCACCGGUGUCUUCCAGGGCGGCGACAACGAUGAGGAGAACCCCGCCAACUUUGGCGUCUUCCCCACCGUCCUCGACGCCGUCCAGGCCGCCGUCGCCAAGGAGCUUGGUCAUGAGUUUAAGUUGAGGUGGAGCGACAAGGUGAACCCCGCUCUCCACCCCGAGAGCUCGCUAGCGGCCGUCGAGUAA